CACAGCGUGGGUUGGUUAAAUCUGGCCACAAGUUUCAAAACUUUCAAACAGGGCAGACAGACAGAGAGACAGUGAGUCGGACGGCCUGAGUGACGGAGGGGAAUCAAGCUUUGGACAAACCACUGCACCGCACACUCCAAACAAGAACUGUUGUCUUUUGAGAAAAAAGAGUGAAGAAAAGAAAGAGGCAGAGUCAUUGUGGAUCAUUUUCAGGGGGAAUAUCCUGCACCACAACUUGUUUGUUUUCUCUUUCUUUCUCCUCUUCUCCCUCCUCUCAGAUCUCGAUGCUUUGCUUUGGGAUUUGUGCUCCAAAUCCAUCAAAUUCUUCUCUUGAUCUUUCUCUCUGUCAUCUGAAACACUUUGAGUUACAAAUUUUUUCCAGAACUUUGCAACCCAACAAACUGAGACAGACGUUUGCAGAAUUUCACUCGGACUAAAAGUUGAAUCCGAGCCCGGUUCUGGAAUGAAUUUAACCGAGCCCAGCUUGUCUAGAGAGACUCUUCUGCAUCCAAGCCGGGUGUCUCUUGGGGGCCCCUGGACAUCCAGAACCCCGAGUCCUGCUUCUGAUUCUGAAAUGGGGUUUGAGCAGAACCUCUCCGGGGACUGCAGUUCUCCCGAUGGCCUCGCACCCGGGAACAUGAGGAGGACAGAGCCGAGGAUUUCUCUGACGCCCAGUUCAGGGGGACAGAGUCCGGACAUGACCCAGGCAGGAGGUGUGUCGGUGGGCACGGCUGACGGGAAGGCUGUGGGGGGUGAGCAGAGGAUCCGCAGACCCAUGAAUGCCUUCAUGGUGUGGGCCAAAGAUGAGAGGAAGCGACUGGCCCUGCAGAACCCUGACCUGCACAAUGCUGUGCUCAGCAAGAUGCUCGGUCAGUCAUGGAAGGCCCUGAGUGCCACAGACAAGCGACCAUUUGUGGAGGAAGCGGAACGACUCCGUGUCCAGCACCUCCAGGAUCAUCCAAACUACAAGUACAGGCCUCGCCGAAAAAAGACAACCAAAAAACUCAAGCGGGUUGAACCUGGGCUUCUGCUUCACAGCCUAGCCCAGGGUGGCGCACCAGGCCUUGGAUUAGGACCGGGCGUCAGCCCAUUGGGUGCAGAAAGUGUCUCUGGAGGUUCUGCAUAUGGACAUCCAGGCGCUCACCCUCCACACCACCAUCACCCCCACCACCUGCUGCCCUCUCUGGGGCACUUCAGGGACCUUCAGGCUCCAGGACACCCAGAGCUAGAGAGCUAUGGGCUGCCCACUCCAGAGAUGUCUCCUCUGGAUGUUCUGGAAGAUGGAGCUGGGGAAUCAGUGUUUUUCCCCCAACAUAUGCAAGAGGAAGGGGGAAUGGGAGGUUGGAGUGGGUACCACCACCACCUUCACCCUCAUAGUCAGCAUUACAGCCAUCACUACAACAACCACAGUCACCACAGCUCCAUACACGCUGCAGCGGCACAUGGUCAGGGUUCAGGAAUGAGUGUUGGUGCCAGUUUAAGCACCAGUAUGAAUUCCAGUUUAAGUCCAGGUAGAAGCUCCAGAAUUGACUCUAGAAUGAGUUCUGUUGAGCCAAAUAUGACCUCAAGCAUGAGCUCUGUCACUUCAGUCUUGGUGAAUUCGGUCAAUUCCAGGCUAAAUCCUACUCAUGCCUCCAGUCAUCACAUUGCCUUAAGGAGUCCUGUAAAGUGCCCACAAUCUCUAUCCACCUCCUCCUCCCCUGUUUCCUACCCACAGCCCUCUAUCAGCCUCCCUGAGUCAAUAAAAUGCCAUCAAACGCCACUGAGCACUGCUCCUGUCGGCUACUUUAGUCAGAUGUAUGGGAGUAACACCCCUAAUGCUACCCAUUUCACCCCCUCUCACCUGGGGCAACUUUCCCCUCCUCCUGAAAACUCUCCCUCCUCCUGCUCGUCCUCCAUCCCCUCAUCAACGUUCCUUCCCUCUGUGCACUUAGACCCUUCAAAUCCCGAGUCCUCCGGCCAUUUGGGGUCUUCUUCUGCUGAGUUUUGGUCCGAGGUGGACAGGCAUGAAUUUGACCAGUACGUGAAUAUUGGAAGGAAUCGAGAGGAGGCCUUCGGACUCAGUGGGAGCUGUGGGGGCGGGUCCAAAGUCCUGGGUGGGCGCAGUAGCAAUAGCAUAGGUAGCAGCAUUAAUAGCAGUGUUAACAGUAUCAUUAACAGGGAUGUCAGUAGCAUUAUGAGUGGUGCUAGUGGGUGUGAUGAGGGGAGCAGCCCUCUUAUAUCUGCUCUCUCUGAUGCCAGCAGUGCUGUCUAUUACAGUGCCUGUAUCACUGGAUAAAUAUUCCAUGAUCUCAUCUCUCACAUGUACCUCCUUGCAUGCUGCAGUUUAGUUUCGCUCAUUUGAACGUACAUCAGGAAGUAUGUCAGGAGGAUUAGUUUUGGCUCAUACAUUGAAUCAAAUCAUUGAAUUAAGUCUCUCAUUAAAAUGUUUCUAAAUGCUGAUGUGUCGUACAGAGCUAAAGCUGUGUAUAGCCAAAAGCCAACUGUGCUAACUGGAAACUUGUUGAAGUAAAAAACUGAUUAAUGAAUUUCUGAACAUGACCCUGAACAGCUGGCUGGCUAGCUAACCAGCUUCCCAUGAUAAUCUGAAUUUGGGAAGUCAGGUUAGCAUCAACUUGUUAGCAUAGAUAACUUACCAGCUCUUGUCACCUUUUGUAAGCAGAUGUUUAAGAAAAAGGUUUUUGUUUUAGCUGAAUUACUGCAAAAUUAGUCACUCAGUCAAUAUAGAUGCUCUUUAUCAAGAUAUUAUCUGUUGAUUGAAGUGAACAGUAGAGGAAGAAAAUAAAUAAAUAAAUAUGCCCAAGUGUGCACUGUAGGUGCUAGAUCUCUGUGUUUACAUGAGUAAUGCUAAAAAAGAGUCCUUAUCAGUAGCUGGUUGAAUUUAUGACGUGGACGUUGUUCUGGUGGCUGCAUAGUCUGAAGAAUUCAGGGAUGUAGGAUAUCAGCAGGUGCUUGUCUUGGUUGAAGUGCCUCUGAGCAAGACACAAAGCUCCUACCUGUUCCACAGAUUUAGUUUCUCCGGUGACAGUACAUGCUAUAGGAAGAUUAUGUGAGCAGAAUGAUUGCUUUAAUUGCACUGUGUGUACUCCGGUCAUCAGAAAAAUCCACGACUCAGACAAAUUUGAAUUUCAAGAUCAUCUCAUAUUAUUUUUGACAUUUCAUCUCAGGAGCGGACAGAUUAAUCUCCACUGAACGUCAUCAAAUUUCAAUGAAUUUAUCUCAAAAUAAAUGGGAACAUGAAGCACAAGGAAGGACAAGCUUGGGAGACAAACAGAGAGAAAAAGACUUGAUGGGAGAGACUUGAUCCAGCCUCCACAUCUCUCAGCAGUGUUGUCGGGAAAGUCUUGGCCAUGGACCCAGACUAAACCACUGAUGUCUCCCACAAACUAUCAGGAUGUUUUACAAGCCGGGUCAGGUUUUUUCUGACCGUGAUAAAUGCAGUUCCCUCUCUAUCUCAGUCCAUGACAGGGCCUCAUGUCAAACUCCAUGCCGAAAUCUAAGUUUUAAGUUGCUUUGCUUCUUGGCAAACACAGAUAUGUUGAUGAUCAAAAGAUCAUUCUUUUCAACCAGUAAGGCUCUCUAGUAUAACAAACAUAUCACUUGUUCAAACAAAAAUGUUAAAUUAAAAAGUGCAAUUUAGUUCUACAGAUUACACAAAAUUGAGUUCUACAAGUCAAGCACUAUUGGAACAAGUCUUGUGUGGUUGAUUAUGAAAACAUCAUCGGGUCUAGGGUCUGCAUAUUUGCAAAUUAAAGCAAAAGCAACACUAUACCCCCAGAUACUGGUGAGCAGUUUGACCACUCCACUUACAAAUAGCUCAAAUUUUAAUAAAAGUAUAAUGGUUCAAGUGCUAGGUCUUGAGAUUUUUGGGAACAUCGGUUUGAUGUAGCCAUUUACUGUAUAUAUAGAUUCUAUGCCUCCUGGCAGUAUGUGAAGGAGAAACUGAGACUAUGAAAUGUUCUCUUUGCACUGGGUUUAAUGUCUUAGCUGUAUAGAAGGAACACUACUUAUUAAAAGUAAAAUGUCCAUAAUUUUAAAUAUGUUUUGUACAGAAAAGGCUUUGUUUUUGUUGUUGUUGAUUGAAAUAGAUUCUUAUUUUUCUUAUAGUUCAAAAUUUUAGCAUUUUAGGAAAUAUACCUAUUCACCUUCUUGCAAAAAGAGAUGAGAAGAUCAGUAUCACUCUCAUGUCUGUGUGGUGAGUACAAAUCUGGAGGUGGGGAGUGAUUAGCCUAGCUUAGCAUAAAAACAGGAAUUGGGAGUUAGCCUAGAUUUCUUAAAGAGUCCUCCCCCGAGCAUCUCUGAUACUUACUAAUUAACAUGUUGUAUUUAAUUUGUUUAAUACAUAUAACAAACAUAAUUUUUUCAACAAAAAUGUUUGGUUAUUGAGGAAGUUAUGUUCUGUUGUCACUGCUCCUGGCUGUUGUUCAUCAAGAAAUAAUUGCACUACAUAGCUCCACUUAAAAGAAUAAUUUGUCAUUUUUCUCUCUGUGUUUAUGUGGAUUAAAUAAUUGAGAUACAAGGUGUUUAGUUGUCAACUUUAAGUGUUGGUAUGUAGGGUUUUCCUCUACUUGCAGUUCUAAUAAUAAGCAAGGCUAAUUGUGUCUCGGCUCCGGCUCCAUACACAGAUACAGCAGUGAUGUCGAUAUUCUCACCUCAAGAAAGUGAAUAAGCAUAUUUCCCAAAAUGUCACACUAUUCCUUUAAAGGUUAUUCCAAUAGGAGCAGUGAGUUCCCUCUGUUUUUUUGUAUGUAUUAUAAACUUGCCAUAGAAAGGAAACCUAUUAUUGUAAAGAUCUACUGUAGAUCACAAUGGAUCUUUUAUGUGUUACAUUUUACACUUCGCUCGACCAGUGACACCAGCAAACAAGAAAGUUUCAACUUUCCCUCCCACACCAAUGUUAUUUACAUAAAUGGCUGGAAAUUAAAAUGAGAAUUUGUGGUUGUGUUUGUGCUGAGAAAAUGAAAAGUCAACAGUUGUAGCUACUGUCGAGGUCUCUCUGUAUGUGUUUAUGUAGCAUCUAUCCUGUAACAGUUUUAUAUACAGCCUGAGUGAAAAGCAGAAGUCUCUCUUCAAGAAUUUAUCCUGCAUCUGUUCUGCAUUAGUCGUACAGACAAUACUUUUUUUUGUACAUGAAACAGUAGAACAAAAUCGAGUAUCUUGUACAGUGAAACCAGUUAUAUUUACCACACCGUUCCUUGUGGCUGCCAUUGGUUGAAAACAGAGCAACAGUAGAUUUUUCCAAACAUUUCCUCAGGAGGAUAGAGCCACAGAGCAGCAGCAGUUCAAGCUUAAAGUAUUAAAAAAAUAAUUCUACAUCUGCAUUUGACAUUCUUUUCUGUUGACACCAAACAGAGUCUUGUUUCCAUUUUAAUUUACUGUGACACACAAAGAACAUCAGAGACACAGGCGUUUUUGGAGUCGUGCAAUAACUCUGGGCUUUUGGUAAUAAUUAUCUGAAGAGAAAAAAACGAAACACCAGAUUUUGGGAUUAAAACAAAGGGCAUUUUCUCAGCAGUCAUAUAACGACAAAUUAAAACCAGGAUUUUCCCAGAAGUAUAACUGUGAUGCUUCUAAAUCUGUCUGACAGGGAUCAGAUUUUAUAUUUUCUAAGUGUAGAAAAUUGUUUUGUUUUUGUUUAUAUUUGAAAUAUGUGGGUUGGCUGUAAAUGGAUCUGUUCUGUUUCAUAAAAUAAUUUCAUAAAAUAAACACUUCUAAUGUUGCA